AUGUCUGAAUCUACGUCAUGGACACCGGGCGUCGUGCCUGCUUAUUACAAUGAGGAUUACCUGGCCGUCCCCGGCGUCGUGGCUGCUGCUUACAAUGAGGAAUACCUGACCGCCCCCGGCGUCCGGUUCGUCCCGACGGACCAGGAGCUCAUCGUCGACUACCUCGGGCGGAAACUUCGCGGCGAGUCGCUCCCCACCGGCGUCGUGCAGGACGGCCACGACGCCUAUGCCGAGCAUCCCAAGAAGCUGGUGCCGAAGCUGGGGGAGGGCAUGGAGGGCUCCUGGUACCUGUUCUCGCCGCGGCAGCGCAAGUACGCCGGCGGGAUGCGGCCGAAACGCGCCAUGGGGGACGACGAGGGACACUGGAAGGCGACGGGAGCUGAGAAGCCGGUCCUCGGCGGCGCCGACGGCAAGGAGGUGAUCGGGACACGGCGCGCGCUAACGUUCCACGAGGACACCUACGAGGUGGGCAGCAAUGGGAGGCGCAGGCGGGUCAAGAACAAGUCGGCGUCCAAGCCCUCCAAGUGGAAGAUGGUGGAGUUCGUCUGCAGCAACUCCUGCAGGGCCCCCGGCAACGAUGCCGCGCUCGACCCCAUGCUGUUGAACGACUUCGUGCUGUGCAAGAUUACCAACAGAUCGCUGAGUGUGGAAGGCGACGAGGAGCAACCGACGUCUGAAGGUGGUGGCGGCGGCGGCGGCGAGCCAUACGAGAAGCAUCUCCCAGAGCAGCAGCAGGCAGGCGGUGGAGGCGCCGGGACACAGGCAGGGCAGCAGCAGCAAGGACCGUCUGGCGGUGGCGCCGCGUCACAUGGCAAUCAGCAACCAGCGCCGGCUGAAGAUCCACCGCUCGAUAUUUAUAGUAUGGAUGUGGACUGGUUCGCUAACAGCAUGUUGCCGAUCUUCGACUAA